AUGCUGCUGCGUGGCGACUCUUCAGCAGCUCCCAGUGAGAGGGUCCCCACUUCUCCCGGCGGCUCAGGCCACGCAUGCCCUGUGUCUCAGUGGCCUGAAGGAGUCACCCACUGUGGCUGUGGUGAGGAGGGUCUGUGGAGCCUGGAGCCCCCGAGGCACCUGCAGAAGCAGGGUAGGUUCCCUGCCCUCUUGGAGAGUUGUCCUGUUGAGGGGGGUGAUACAACUUACUUUUCUGUUCUCCCACCUCCUCCCCAACCUACCCCCCUCCACUCUGCCUCCCCAGAGUCUCACAUUCAGUUUCCAGAGUGGGCUAUGAUUGUUUGA